CACCUGACCUUGUCACCACCCACCGCCUCCCAUCUUUUGUCUACCCAACCGCCACCCACCAGCUACAAUCUGCCACCAAUCUUAUCAGUUCUACUUCGUUCCCCUCUAAACUCUCCUAAAGCUUUCUUCUCACCUGUGCACUCUAUAGAACUCGUCACUUCGAGUCUGUCGGCCGCGUCCUCAUCCUACACCCACCACUCAACGUUUCCACUCUUUUCCAACAGCACCCGGUCCUCAGUCUCGUUUGGCCGCCACAACCUCACCAUGGCGACGACAUCCGCCGCCGCCGGUCUCCUCGGCAGGCAAUUGAAACAGAUGCAGUCAGACAAAGACAUCCCCGGCAUCAGUUGCGGGCUGGCGGAUAACAACAUCUUCGAGUGGGAGGUUAUGCUCAUGAUCAAUGACGACUGCAAGUUCUAUGGCGGAGGCUUUUUCCGCGCUCGACUCUCCUUCCCUCCCGAGUAUCCCCUUCUCCCACCAAAGAUGAAGUUUGAGACGCCAAUCUUCCAUCCCAAUAUCUACCCCUCAGGCGAAGUCUGCAUCUCUAUCCUCCACCCUCCUGAAGACGACAAAUACGGAUAUGAAUCAGCGGCGGAAAGAUGGUCUCCCGUGCAGUCCCCCGAGACCAUUCUCAUCUCCGUCAUCAGCAUGCUGAGUAGCCCCAACGAUGAAAGCCCCGCCAAUGUGGACGCUGCAAAGAUGUGGAGAGAGGACCCAAAAGGCUUCCGACGGAAAUGCCAAAAGCUUGUGCGAGAGAGCUUGGGUGAUGAAUGACAUGGCCUACCUCAGCGUGUCGAUGUCCGACCACCAGACAAUCAUUUUCAGGGAUGAAGAUUUCAGGGAAAACAACACCGGGUGACCACUAGGACUCGAUGAAGCUGUUCUAGUCGGAUCAGUUCUCUGCACUUGACUGUCUUCUUGGGGGCUUCGGUCGUGUCAAAAGCACGAAAGGUGAGAUUGUGCACGAUUCGAUCCAACAAGACUCCAGGACUUGUCAAGCUCGAUAUCGUCAAAGACUGGAACACUCUAUUGCAGGUCAAUUGACUGAUAUAUGGUCCCUCACCCUCCAUAACGACUCCCCCAGGCACUAUAACGCAUUCGAGCCAGUUAGUUCCAACCAAAGCACCUUUCAGUGACAGAGAUGGUUCAAGGAGAGAGAGUCAAGCUAGCAGCCAUGUGGCAGUUGGACUGAGGGGGAAUAAGGCCGAGACCCCCACCCGAUUAGGAUUAGGUCAAGCCCACAAAGUCUAUCGUAGAGACCAAUCUCUGCAGCAAUGGCAAUUCCCACCAGGACGGCAAGAUGGUGUUUUUCAGGGCCCCUGGCCCGAUUCACCGAUGAAGAUACAAAUGCAUGAUAGAGCAAGGGGGAUAUGGGUUCAAGUUCGCAUGGAACGAGUCAAGCUCACCAAGGCGAUGGUGGAUGGAGACACUAGCGUCAACGCCCUUCCACAUGCUUGUUUUUGCUCUUUUCUUUCGGCCUUUCGGAUGUUGUGUUGCUACAUCCAGACUUGGAGAAAAUAUACGCAUAGCCUGUCUAUAAUGAGUCCGGAAUUUGUAUCUCAUGGGCCAAAAUUAGACUGGGAUGGGUGGCGUUGAAGCCCUGCAGUCGCGGAAAGCUUGUUUGAUUGCUUGUUCAGAUUUCUCGUGUUGACCUUGGAGUAUGCAUUUGUACAUACAGCCAUGUGGGGAUUUACUUUUGAUGUGGUUCAUCCGCAUAAUUCUAUAAUCCGUAUUUUGGUGGCAGGACGUGUGGCUUGUCCUCCAUUUGGCUGAAUUGCCC